AGGGAUUUACCAUGAUGGCGGCGUCAUUACAAAAAUAUGAGUUGAUUUUCGGCGUUUGAAAGACUUUAAAAAUAAAACCACAGAUGAGAACAUGCACAGUGAUAAGAAAAUAACCAAGGAAGAUACAUGGAGGCCAGCUGAACUAACAAAACACAUCAGGGAGGGAGGACAUGGUGAUGGCUAUGUCAGGAGGCGGGAUGACAAUGAGAGAAAGCACCGUGGUGGGGAAUCAACAGAGAGACGCCACAGAGACCCAGAGAAGGAGUCCAGAAGAGAGAGAGACAAGCCCAGGGAAAGGGAGAGUACAAGGGAGAGGCAAGAUGAAAAUGAAAAAGACAGAUAUGCAGAUCGGCGAAAACAGGGCUCACAAGAUAGGAGAAGCGACAAUGAAAGAGACAAAAGAGAUGACAGGGAGAAGAGAAGGGAAAGGGACAAGUUGACAGAUGGAAAGAGGUAUGAUGAGGAUUACAAGAGGCGGGAUAGAGAGGAAAAGCAUGAAAGGGAUAAGGAGAAAGAGAAAAAAAGAGAUAAGGAGAAAGAAAGGGAUGGAGAGAGACGAAAUGAGGAGGACAGGGACAAAAGGAGGGAAGAGAGACACAGGGAAAGACGGUCAGAAGAACAGAGAAGUGGAGAAAAAGAUAGGAUGGAAAAGCCGGAGAGGGAGAAAGAAAGACACAGAGAUAAAGAGAAAGAAGGGGAUGGAGAGAGACGUAAUGAGGUGGACAGGGACAAAAGGAGGGAAGAGAGACACAGGGAAAGAAGGAGAGAAGAGCGGGACAGAGAAAGAGAUCAGACGGAAAAGCACAAAAGGGAGAGGGAGAAAGAAAGACACAGAGAUGAGGAGAAAGAAAGGGAUAGAGAAAGACGUAAUGAGGAGGACAGGGACAAAAAGAGGGAAGAAAGACACAGGGAAAGAAGGAGAGAAGAAGGGGACAGAGAACACGGGGCUGAGAGACAGAGACACGAGGGAAGUGGAGAACGAGAUCGGAUGGAAAAACAUGAAAAAGAGAAGAGAGAUCGGCAUCGAGAGAGAGAGCGACACAAAGAUGAAUAUGAAGACAAGAGGAAUGACAAAGACAGACGAGAGAGACACGGAGACAGAAAGCAUUUGGAGGGGAAGGAGGACAGAGAGCACAAAGAAGAACAGAGAAGACAUAAAGAGGAGAGAGAAAGGAGACACAAAGAGAGAGAAUAUCAUGAUGAAAGGCGGAAGCAUGACAGCGAAUCCAGGGAGCAUCGAGACUUGAAGGGGUCAGGUGAAGAGGUCAGCCGUCACCGCGGUGACAGAGAGCGAGCUGAGUGGGACAAACACAAAGAGAGGAGACACAGAGAGGAGGACGAAGCAGAGAGAAAUCACCACAGAGACAAGAAGGGAACAUCGGACAAAAGUCAUAAGCAAGACUCUAAAACUGAGGAUACAGCACUGGCCUCUGAGCACCAGACAACUACUGUGAAAGAUGUGGGAGACACAGAGAAACCUGUUGCCAACGAUGAGGAUUUGGCUGACCAGGAAUAUGAAGAUGACUUUGAGGAUUAUGAGGAGGAUUUUGAGGAGAUGGAUGAGAGCGCAAAUGAAGGUGAAGGUGAGGACGAGGAGGAGCCGCAGCAUGCAGAGGAGGGAGAAGAGAGGGAGCAACUUACAGCACAAAGGAGAAAGGAAAUUGAAGCAAUUCAGAGAGCCAUGGACGAAGAGAACGAGAGAGUGGGAACAGCUCAGUCCACACAAAUUACGAGCAGAGAGGAGGAAGAAGGGCCUAAAUGGUCCAGAGGAUCAGAAAACAACCAGAGGAGAGCUUCCCAGCGUGGGAAGUUUAUCGACUUUGUGGCCGCAAAGCAGCGUGAAGUCAGCAAAAAAGUUGCCACAAAACAGAAGAAACGCAGUGCAGAGCUUCUUCGCUUAAUUGAUCUGGAUUUCUCAAUGACAGCUUCUCUGUUGGAUCUGCCACCCGUUAAUGAAUAUGACAUGUAUAUCAGAACCUUUGGAACUGAAAACACUAAGCAGGCUUAUGUUCAGUGUAAUGAGGACAAUGCAGACAGAGACAUCCAGACAGAGGAGAUCGAGGUGUGUGAGAAGUGGACGCAGCAUCCUCCAGAGCACAUGGGAGCCUGUGGUGAUCCAAACCUCUCCCAGGAAACACGAAACAGAAGUGAACUGAGCUUUGAUUCACAGCGUCUGACAGCGUUUCUGCGCUCAGCCUCACAGGUGAUGGUGGUCCUGUUGGAAGAGGAUAGAGCUGAGAGGAGAUCCCUGAGGAAGCCCAGGUCUCAAACAGACACGCUGUCUUUCAGCGAUGGAAGUUUACAGCUCAACACUAAGUUGCCUUUCCUUUAUGGUCGUCCCAUCAGCCUGGUGCACUUCUCUCAGGUCCAGAGGCACACCAUGAUAUCAGUCCACAGCCCGACAACUAAGCCCAGCGCAGUGCGACUCGACAGCUACACCAUCAUCUGCAUCUGGAACAUCUGGGAGCCUUCGAAACCACAAAAAGUCCUCGUCUACGAAUCUGAGGUGCAGUGUUGUUGCUUCAGCCCUGGAAAGGCCACGCUGGUGUUUGCAGGAACAUCAGUUGGCUCUGUGGUGCUGUGGGACCUGAGGGAGCACGCUGGUGACCAUUACCGCUUGAAGAUAGGAGAGCAGGAGUGGACUUUCCGACAGCCGACCUUCUCCACCGACGCAGUGAUGGCCGGCUCAGGCCAUUUCUCCUCUGUGACGUCUGUAGAAGUCGUCCCCUCCGCUGCAGCAGGGGGCCUGAGGCCAGAGGUCCCCCUCCUGGCAUCUGAAGAAGAGUCGUCAGGACUGUCGUUCCAGCUGGCUUCUCUGGAUGAAACGGGGGUUUUAAAUUUCUGGGUGGUGGUGGAACUCCCAAAAGCCGACGAGGCAGGCUCCCUGACAGACCUCGGGCUCAGGCCUGGGGGCAAAGUGAAGUUGCUCCACAGCUCCCACCUCCUCACUGCUGAGAGGGUGUCACCUCGAGAUGCGGUGAAAACAGGGCCGCUAGAGACGCUUCUUUUAAAGUUCCUUCCAACAGACUCCAAUCAUUUCUUUAUCGGCACCAAUAUGGGUCUGGUCAAUCAUGAAACGAGUCACGGUUUGAAGGCUCCACCAAAGUUUUACAGGUUUCAGGAGCCUGGAGUCCGACCUGUUGAAGUCACCUCAAUCCACUUUUCUCCCUUCAGGCAACACUUGUUCUUGGUGGGUUGUGGAGACGGCACCAUCAGGCUGCAUGCUGUCAGCCAUGAGCAGCCUGUUGCAGAGUGGAAGAACAGUCCAGCUUCUGAGCCAGUGGUCUCACUACAGUGGACACAAACCCGACCAUCAGUCUUCUGUGUGCUCGAUGCAGCCUCUAACCUCCACAUAUGGGACCUGCUGAAAAAUGACACAGAGCCUGUGGUCACCGAAAAGCUUGACUCUGACAGAGUGAUGGCCAUGGCUGUGUUUGGAGACUCAGGACAACAAAACACAUAUUCAGGAAUAGCACUGGCACAUGAGUCAGGAAAGAUCGAGAUGCAGUACUUCGCAAGAGAUUUUACUGUGCCCAUGAUUGCAGAAGAGGAGAAAUUGGAGAGUAUGAUGACUGAAGCCUUCUGAAACACUGCAUCUCUUAUGGCUGCAUUUAUACUGAUGAGAUUGUGUUUGACUGCAUUUCAAAACUCUGGAAGAGCAUAAAGAUCAAUUUAUAAAUCUGAUUUUGUUACAGUCACUUUGUAUCUUUGUCAUAUUUAAUGAUGUGUGAUAGGUUUUUCCUCAUAGAUAAUUUUUCAUUAACAUCACUGUUCGAACAAGGUGGCUGAAUACCAAAGAUUCUUUACAGGGGCCACGAAAUGUAAUAUUCUCCAUGAAAAUAAGCAUAUAAUGUAAAAGUUGAUGUAAAUAUGUCUACUCUUUGAUUAAUGUUUAAUAUUUGUAUGGCAUUAACUACUUUCUUUUUUAUACAAUAAACUGGCAAUAUCUGUA